UUUACAGGAGCAUAGAAGACCUUACGCUAUACUUCAUGAAGUGCACUUAUACAGGGUAUUAGAAGGUAUUUGGAGCUCGGUCUGUGUUUGUGAUUCCAGCAGGUUCUCAGUGUCAUGAAGCAGAGUCAGAAGGAAAAGCAGCAGAUUAAGGUGUGUUCUCUUGUGUCUGUGGUGGACUUCAGAAACCAUGAGUCGCUUUUUGAAUGUGUUACGGAGCUGGCUUGUCAUGGUGUCCGUGAUCGCACUGGGCAACACUGUACAGAGCUUCCGUGACCACAGCUUUCUGUCGGAGAAACUUUACACGGGCACGCCAGAUUUUGUAAAUGGCCUACAAGCAAGGACCUUUGGAAUAUGGACAUUGCUGUCAUCGAUCAUUCGCUGUGCCUGUGCCAUGGACAUUCGAAACAGGACGCUUUAUCACGUCACAUUGUGGACAUUUAUUCUGGCUCUAGGACACUUCCUGUCUGAAGCCUUUAUAUACAAAACGGCGCAACUUACAAUUGGAGUUAUGGCUCCUCUUUUCGUGGCAGGUUGUUCUAUUGCGGGCAUGUUAUUUGGGUUCCAGUGUAUUAUAGAGCCAGAGGAAGGAACUGGAGCGAGGCAGAAGAAAAGGAACUGAAUCUGUGCCCCAGUGACUCGUUAUGGCUUAGUAUCACUCACACUCAGGAGAACACUGGAUGGGUUCAUCACUGCUGACUAAGAACAUGUACAGCUUGUUGAACAGAACGAUAUGCAUUCGUAAUUUCACUUGCCACCGUGUGGAAUUGAAAAAGUGCUUGUUUUCUGAUACUUUUGACCAGCAUAUUAUAUUACAGGAGUGAUGGAAAUGUUCAUUCUCAGUUUAUUAAUAUUUAAUUCAUCUAAAAUUGAGUGGGUAUACACACGUCAUGCUCUGUACUCCACGUGUACAGACUCUUACAUUUCUUCUUCUCUUUUGCCAAAUAUGAACAUUAAUAAACACAUUUUUUAUAUGAAA